GCCCCUCUCCUUCCUACCCCAGUCAGCGAUCAGCAGUACCUUUCCUUUCUAUCCUCCGUCACCAUGGCUCAGAAAGCAGCCAAAACCCUCGCCGCGCGCAAUGCCUCCCUCCUGACCCGCACGCACAUCAUCAGCGGCAGUCUCCAUGCGCUAUUCCUGAUUCUCCACUGGCUCUUCAACCGCCCGCGUUCAUUGACCCCGUACCUGGUCCUCGCCUGCCCGACCCUCCUCAUCGAAUUCUACCUGGAACGACUCGGACGGCCGACCUUCCACCCCGUCGAUGGCUCGCUCCGCGCCCCCGGUGAGGAUCUGGGCGCUGCGGGAUUGACGGAGUACAUGUGGGAUAUCCUGUAUUGGACCUGGGGCUGCAUCGGUGCGGUGUGCGUUUUCGGUGACCGUGCCUGGUGGCUGUGGGUCGUCGUGCCCUUGUACUCGGUUUGGCUGGCGUACACGACCUUCACAGGGAUGAAGAGCGGUCUUGCUGGGCUGGGAGGUGGUGGUGGUGAGCAGUCGGAGCAGGCGGCUGCGGAGAGCAAGAGGCAGAAGAAGAUGGAGAAGAGGGGCGGACAGCGGAUGCAGUAUCGGUGA